AUGGAUGUGAACUGUCUCCUCUGCAAUGUCGGAUUGGAAAAUAGAGACCAUUUUCUGUUUGACUGUGAAGCAAGCUGGAGGAUCUGGAGUGCGGUGGCGAGGAGAUGCAACAUUACGCCACUUCGCUCAUGGCCUCAAUCACUCGAACAAAUGAGGACUCUCUCGUCGGGGAAACUAUGGAAACGACUAACACUUCUUGCAUGGCAGGCUUCUAUAUAUUGGAUCUGGUCCGAGAGAAAUGGCAGGCUUCACCGAGGGAUUUUCACGCCGGAAACCACAAUCGUCUCUUCCAUAGACCGUCAGAUCCGAAAUCGGAUUGCGAGCUACAGAGACACGAACACGGUGGUUGCAUCACGUCUCUUACAACUCUGGAUCUCUUCUGCACCGUAA